CUUUUGCUUGUGAUUUCAAUUCAAUUCAGUUUAUAUAUUUUAGUACUAGUUCAAGGAAGACCUGAAUCCCUUGUGCCAAGAAAAAAAAAAACAAAACAAAAAAAACAUAAUCAUAAAAGAAAAGGAAAGAUAUUUUAUUGCUUGCCACCUAUUUGUUAAUUUGUUUGGUUAGAAAACCAGCAACAUCUUCGCCCAAAAUAAGAAGAACCUCAAGAAAACGGAGGUCAACGAUGUCUGUGCUAUAAUAAGUAUGGGCGGUGUCUGUCUGAUUCCUAAUCCCUUGUAUUUACUUACCGGUUGGAUUUCUCAGUCAUUGCAUGGAUUCGAUUUUCGCUCCUAAAUCAUCGUCUAUUUCCUCAUUAUCAUCAUCAGCUCUCCUUUCACGGUUUCUCGAAGCUUCGAGUUCUAGGAAAUUAUCUUCGCUUACUUUCAUUGGUUCCCGUCCCUUUCGACCCUCAUCAUAUUCAACAACAUUCGCCAUGGCAUCCAAUGAUGUCUCCAAGCCCAAAAUCAUCACCGGUGAUUUUGGUUAUGUUCUUGAAGACGUUCCUCAUUUCACCGAUUACAUUCCCGAUCUUUCUACUUAUUCCAAUCCUCUACAGGACAAUCCUGCUUUCUCUGUUGUCAAGCAAUAUUUUGUCCAUGUGGAUGAUUCUGUUCCACAAAAGAUUGUGGUUCACAAGGAUAGUCCCAGAGGGAUACAUUUCCGUCGCGCCGGACCCCGUCAAAAGGUCUAUUUUGAUUCCGAUGAAGUUCAUGCUUGCAUCGUCACAUGUGGGGGUCUGUGCCCAGGACUCAACACUGUAAUUAGAGAAAUAGUGUACAGCUUGUACCAUAUGUAUGGUGUGACAACAGUGCUGGGCAUAGAUGGUGGAUACAGGGGUUUCUAUGCUCGAAACACAAUUCCUCUGACGCCUAAGGUCGUGAAUGACAUUCAUAAACGUGGUGGAACCAUCCUUGGGACAUCACGAGGUGGCCAUGAUACUUCAAAAAUUGUUGACAGCAUUCAGGAUCGGGGCAUCAAUCAGGUUUAUAUUAUCGGAGGAGAUGGAACUCAGAAAGGGGCAUCGGUGAUAUUUGAGGAAAUUAGAAGGCGAGGUCUCAAAGUCGUAGUUGCUGGAAUUCCCAAAACCAUUGAUAACGACAUUCCGGUCAUUGACAAGUCCUUCGGCUUUGACACUGCUGUUGAGGAGGCCCAGCGUGCUAUUAAUGCAGCACAUGUCGAGGCUGAAAGUGUAGAGAAUGGUAUUGGUCUUGUGAAGUUGAUGGGCCGCUACAGCGGGUUAAUUGCAAUGUAUGCUACUCUUGCUAGCCGAGAUGUGGAUUGUUGCCUGAUUCCAGAGUCACCUUUUUAUCUAGACGGGAAAGGUGGGCUUUUUGAAUACAUAGAGAAACAACUGAAAGAAAAUGGGCACAUGGUUAUUGUGAUAGCCGAAGGUGCCGGACAGGAGCUGCUUUCUGAAAGCAUGCAAUCAAGGAACCAACAAGAUGCUUCAGGAAACAAGCUUCUUCAAGAUGUUGGGUUGUGGAUUUCACAGGGAAUCAAGGACUAUUUUUCAAGGCAGAAGACGAUGGCUAUAAACCUUAAAUAUAUAGAUCCUACAUAUAUGAUCCGUGCCGUACCUAGCAAUGCAUCUGACAAUGUGUACUCCACACUUCUGGCUCAAAGUGCUGUGCAUGGAGCAAUGGCUGGUUAUACAGGCUUUACUAGUGGUCUCGUUAAUGGAAGGCAAACAUACAUACCCUUCUAUCGAAUCAUUGAAAAACAGAACAAAGUGGUUAUAACAGAUAGGAUGUGGGCUAGGCUCUUAUCGUCAACAAAUCAGCCAAGCUUUAUGAGUGAUAAAGAUGUCAUUGAAGACAAAACGGAGUGUAUCUCUGGAGAAAAGAAAGAGGAAGACCCAGCAACCCAGUUUUUGGAUAAUGGGAAUCGUGCUGAUGGAGUUCUGGAGAAUAAAGAGGUCAGCUCCGUGUGAUUCCGAAUAAAACCAUAAUGAUCAAUAGAUUGCUACUAUCAUUGCUUAGCCCGCAAUUAUGUACUCCCUCUAUGUUCCUACAGCUCUCGGUUCUGUUGCAUUAGUCGUGUUCCAAGGUCAAUUUCUGCUUCUGUUUUAUUUAAGUGGAUUAGGAAAAGAUAGAUCAUUCUGCGAGGACCUUAUUCUCAGAGAUAAAUAAUUUAUGCUUGUGGGGGACAACAAAUUUGCAAGGGGAGAGUUGGCUCAUGAGCCGAACAGUAUAGUAUACAAUGCGUGGCUUGUAUUUUAAGCAUUUUUUUGCACUGUA